CAGAGGAGGUUGAGCUGUCUACUGGGAGGUUUAUAGAGUAGCAGACAGGGGGGCUGUCCCUACAAAGAGGGAAUAGGCUAGAGAGAACCGCAGACAAGGAACGAGGCUAGAGAGAGAGAGAGAGACAAACAGACAGACAGAGACAGAGACUCAAAGAGAGUCUGCAUGCAGCCAGCCUGGGACAGCUUGGUACUAUAGAAACAGCCAGACGUUCAACUCUAGCACUCAUUUCCUCUCUGCUCCACUGCAAGCCCACCUGGCUCGGCGCAACACUGCAUCAGGAGAACCAGCCCAUUCUCUACGUAUGGAGAGGGAGCCGGCUUCUUUUCAGACACUCAGCAUCUAGGUCCUGAGGCAAGGGUACUGAAGCAGAGUCCUACAGAAUUGCUGGAAGAGGAAAGGUUGCAGUAACAACUUAAGAGUGUCUGUGUGAUUAUGGAUGACUCCAGCCGUCACUCUGAGUAGAGCAUCUUCCUCCAUCAUGGUACAGCAAAGGGGACACAAAUACUUAGCAGUUAUGGACAGUGAUUUGAGCCAAGAGGUUUUGGUAGGACUGGGAGCAGAUGAAGGGGAGGAGGUUUUUGGACCGUCGCCCUCCAACAAAGACCCCAACUGGUGCAAGACUCCCACGGGUCACAUCAAGAGGCCCAUGAAUGCAUUCAUGGUCUGGUCGCAGAUCGAGAGACGGAAGAUCAUGGAGCAGUGGCCGGAUAUGCAUAACGCAGAGAUCUCCAAACGCCUAGGCAAGCGCUGGAAACUCCUCCCUGACUACGAGAAGAUCCCCUUCAUCAAGGAAGCGGAGCGACUUCGGCUAAAGCACAUGGCUGACUACCCCGACUACAAGUACCGGCCCCGGAAGAAGAGCAAGAGCUCCAUGCCCGUGCGGGUCGGGGACAAGGUCCCCCUGAAGACAGGCAAGUCCCACACGGGUGGUCGCGCAGCCGCUUCCGCCACCUCCACAGCCACCAGCAGAGGGCUCAAGGUCCGAACGCCUUCCUCCAAACACAGAGCCAGCUUCCACGGCAAUAAGUUCAAAGGUUACGACGAGGGCAUCAGCGAUGAUGACACAGUGGAUGUAGAGCUGGCCAGUCAGGGGGCAUGCCAGCCAGGAGGGCAGAGGCCGGCCUUGGGUGUCUUCCACCACCAGCAGGCUACUAUGACCCCUGGGGAGCAGCAGCCUCAUCUCACAGCCCAGCUCAGAGUCAAAUUGCCCACCACCACCUCCCACCAGCCCACCUCUACCCUCCCUGUGGGCCUCUCCUCUGGGUCUCCUGUACCCCAGAGCCUCCCAGAGUCAUCCCCCAGGGUGUCCUCUUCCUCUGAGUCCCGUACGCCCCUCUCCUCCACCGGCCGCUCCUCCACCCCCACCUCCACCAGCUCCUCCUCAUUUGUGUCGUCGGCCUCCUCCGACGAGGAGCUGGAUGAGGAGAUCUUGCAUAUCAUCUCCAACGCCAACUUCGACAGCAUGCCUAUGGAUUGCUCCACUCUGGACAAAGACUUUGACGCUGCGUUUCACACCAACUCAGGAUCCCACUUCGAUUUCCCCGACUACUGCACCCCAGAAGUGAAUGAGAUGAUAUCCGGGGACUUGCUGGUGCCCAGUAUCUCUGACCUGGUGUUCAAGAUCUACUGACCUUCAUUCAUAAAAGCCUGUGGUUUUUUGCUUAUAUUAUUUAGUUUUCCCCACCCCGUGCUUGGACACUUCCUUUUUGUGUUCUCUCAAUCAAGUCCGUAAGUGCUAUUGCUUUUCUUUUCCCAGUAUGCCACAUCCUGAUGGUCUGGUGUACAAACAGUGAAAGGUUUCUCACUCCAAGCCUUUUAUCAGAGUUAAAAUAUUCAGGCACAGAACAGGAGACCAGGUACAAACAGCAGAGCAGACGCUGAACAUAUAUGUUCUUAGUAGAGAGAUAAGAGUGCUUUCAACAGUAAACCUAUUCAGUAUUGAUUGUUUUCAGUAUUAACAGGAGCAUGGAGCAUUGCCAUGCAUUUGUUGUAUAUGAAGCAGCGUUACAACAGUGUUCUGACGUAAUCAACCAAAUUCAAGGCAACUACUGCAGAAACACAUUUUCAAAUUCACAAAAUAGCCUCAUUGCUGAUUUAUUCAUGUUAUCAACAAAUCAUCUCUAAAUAUCAAAGGGUAAAAAGGGAGAUCAUGUGAGGAAUAGUCCUUAUGUUUCAGCUAAUAGUCCUUAUGUUUCAGCUAAUAGUCCUUAUGUUUCAGCUAAUAGGAAUCUGCAGCACUUGUCAUCAGGCUUUUACAGUAGCAUCAGUUAGAGUAGAGGCUCUAGCCAAGAGAGAAAUCCACUGCAGACAAGUGCCAAGGAGCCGGCCAUAAUUUAUUUCAUAAUCUGUAAUUAGAUAACAGCACUUUCAUCGCCUCGCUAAUACUGCAGACUCCAAGACAUGGAGUAUUAUGUAAACACAAGCCUUGUGUGUGUGCCUGAUUCAUUCCAGACAGUUGAGGAUGACUGUAGAGGUGGUUGGUGGUUAGAGAGUGGGGCUGAGUAGUGGAGGGGGAACAGGAAGGGAGAGAGGGGGAGUGAAAGAGGGGCCAGGGGGUCGUGAUGGGGGUGAGGAGAAGCUUUUCUUUCAGGGAGCUGUGCAUCUGUCCGUGCAGGCAGCAGCCUUUGUGCCGGGGUCGGAGUGAGUGUGUGUAUGUGUGUGUGAGUGAGUGUGUGUGUUUGAGCUCUAUUGAGCGAGCGUCUGCCAGCCGGGGGAGUGUGGGGGGGUAGUGUAUUCAGGGGGAGAUGAGGACACGGCCAUCCACACACCCACCAGCUCAGUAAAAUGCAUGUCAUGUCUGCAGUCUGGCUACAGCUGCAUGAUCAGGGCCGAUUCAGCGGUGAAUGGAGGAGAAUCUGUCUGCCAGCUGUCCCUCCAUUGACUCUCUCAGGGAUCGUUUUGUCUAGAGGUCCUUCUGCCCGUGGCUCAUUCAUCUAACCUAAUCUGGGGAUGAGAUGCACGCCACCUCUCCUCUUCUAUCUCUCUUUCAAACAACCGUCAGGGGGAACGAGGUGACAGAGUGAGAGAGUGAGACGGAC